AUGGGAACAAUCAGCCUAUUGAUUGUUGUCGUAUUUAUAAGUGUAGUUUCUAGUGAAGAGAAAGAAUUACAAACGCGAAUUGUUGAAACCAAACAGGGCAAAGUUGAGGGUACUCUAUCUUCCAAUGAAUUGUAUUGUGAGUUUUUAGGUAUAAGGUAUGCCGUACCAGUUAGAUUUCGGGCACCAGUAGAACCGCCAAAGUACACAGAAAUCUACAAAGCAGAUAACAAAGCAGUAAUAUGUGCGCAAUUUCCUUGCAAUGAUCCUUUAUCCGCACCAAGCGACAAUGAAGAUUGUUUAGUACUAAAUAUUUAUACACCGGUCGGGUUAAAUAAUACCGACUUGCCAGUAAUCGUGUUUUUACACGGUGGUGGUUUCGGCACUGGUUCUGGCUCAGCAAGCUUUUAUGGACCACAAUACCUGGUCAGCCACGGGGUUAUAGUUAUUACCGUAAACUACCGAUUAAAUUACCUUGGGUUUUUGAAUUUAAAGACUAAAGACGCCCCUGGUAACGCAGGUUUAAAGGACAUAAGGGCUGCUUUGAUUUGGAUAAGAGAAAAUAUUAAAAGUUUUGGUGGAGAUAUCGACAACGUAACUGUGUUGGGACAGGGUACAGGAGGCACGGCUGCCUUAUAUUUGACCUUAUCGGAGUCAACUAAAGGAUUAUUCCAUAAAAUUAUUAGCGAAAGCGGUUCACUUUUUACACCACAAUCAUUUGACCCUGAUCCUUUAGCAACCGCUAGUCAGGUUGCUAAGUCUUUGGAUCUAAAUAGUAUGAACUCAAAGGAACUUUUCAAAUUGUAUACAGAAACGCCUAUAAUAAAAGUAGAAGAAGCUAUUUCUAAACAGAUGAAUCCAAAAUCUGUUUUUAUACCCUCGGUUGAAGAAAUUUUUGAAGACGAAGAACCAUUUUUAACUGAUACUCCAUUCAACAUUUUAAGCGAUAAAAAUCAUAGAUGUUUCAAUCCUGUACCAAUUAUUAUUGGCAUCAAUACUAUAGAAGGACUGACGAGUACGUUAGAUUACAAUACAAUAACCAGUCAAUUGGAUAGAGUAAAGAAUGAAGACUAUGCAGCAUUAGAUCAAAAAACGUUCACAAUACCAAAGGAAGAAAAAGAAGAAUUCAGAAAUAUGUUAAAGGAAACUUAUUUUCAAAAUAUAACUACGGACGAAGCUGUGAUUGGUGGAAUUAUUAAUUUUAAAUCUGAUUUUUCAUACGUGGGUCCGAUGUCGUUAUUCUCAGAGUUAUAUGCUAAUAAUUCUAAAGAACCGCUUUAUGAAUAUAUCUUUAAUUACAUUGGAAAUAGAAAUUUCGGUAGACUCCUAACCAAUACUAGUUUACCGGCGACAACGAAUCUAGAUGAACUUUUCUAUGUUUUUGAACUAGAAAGACUACCUUUGCCUAUGGACGAGAAUGAUGCUAGAAUAGUUACUUUUAUGACUAUGAUGUGGACUAAUUUCGCUAAAUACGGCUCACCAACCCCAGAGCCUAGCAAUGGUGAAUGGCUGCCGUAUCCUCACCACCUUGCCAUCGCUCUUGAACCUCAAUAUGUCGCUCCACUGACACCCGACAGGGCUUACUUCUGGAAGACUCUGUACUUAAAAUACGGCUGCGAUGUGCCAAUCAAAGAGGAUGAUGACAGCGACAACGAGAAUCAAUGAAAACAUAAUGCUGCUGACUGUACCUUUUUGAAAUGCUAAUUAUUUAUUGAACGUAUUUGUUUUUAUCGUAAUUUAUUUUUAUGUUUAAGAAACAUCUCUAC